UUCAUCGCUCCACUCUAACAACCAGGUCUGGUGCCAACCAACAAGUAUUUAAUGGAAGCUCGGACCCUGUGGCAGGGAAGCCUCUCCGUCACUUGCCCGUGUUCCCCUCCGUCCACAUGGCUAGGAAGCCGGUGCGGACGCUCCGCACCUGCAGCUGCCAAGCGCUCCUCAAGGGCCUGCUGGCGGCGGUGGAGUCGGCUGCGGCCCGAGACCCCGCCCCGCUGGAGCCGGACGAGGGACUGCGCGACUUGAUCAGUCGGGCCCCACUGCAAGUCCGCGAGCAACUGUUCAAGCUUCUCGAGAAUCGGCACCUGUCCGGUCGCGUCGAGCUGCUGCUGCUGCGUCUGCUGGCGGCGCCGGGCCUGAAGGAGGUGCGCGUGCCGGAGGUGGCGGACCUGGGCGCGGAGGCGCUGGACCUGGUGGUGCCGCUGCUGCUGCGGCCGCUGGGCGCCUCGCUGCAGACCAUGGACCUCCGCUGGGUGACGUUCCCGGACGGCAGCCCCCACCAGGCGGCGCUCUGCGACGCGCUCGCCCGGCAGGAGUUCGCCAAGCUGACCGUGGUGCGGCUGCAGGGCGCCACGGACGCGCUGCUGGAGGCCGUCGCCAAGGGCUGCCCCGUGCUGCAGACGUGA